GGCGGCCAAUGGGCGCGGCGCGCGGGGCGGAAGCGGGCGCGCGCGGGGGGUCAGAGGGCGGCUCUGUUGAUGUUGACACCAGGCCGCGGCCCUCGCGGCGGCGCUGAGCGGGGGGGGGAGGGAGGGAGGGGGGGGCGGUGGCGGCGCGGCGCGGCCGUACGGGCGCCGGCGAGGGUCAGAAAGGCUCCGCGGCGGCGCAGCGCGCGCGGCCGCCCCGCGGCCUGCACCGGGCGGCGGCGGCGGCCGGUAGCGGCGAGCCGGGGGGGUCCAUGCGGCCGCCGCCAUGACGAUCCUGCCCAAGAAGAAGCCGUGCCCGGCCGCCGACGGCGACCCGGACGCCGGUCCGGAUUCGCACGCCGAGCCGGGGCCUAGCGGCGGCGGCGGCGCGGCGGCGGAGGCCGCCGGGGGCAGCGGCGGUCCCCGGCCUCGGGCCUCGCCGCCGCCGCCGCUGCGGGGCUGGGGGGCGCUGCCGGCCGCCGGCCCCUCGGCGGCGCCGCCGCCGCCGCCGCCGCCGCCGCCGCCGGCUCCGGGAACGGCGGGCGGCCCCGGCGGGCUGCUGGGGCUGGAGGGCGCCGAGCCGCGCGCCGUGAUGGCGGCGGCGGCGGCGAUGGCGGCGGGCGGCGGCCCCGGGCUCAGCAAGCGGCGGCGGCGCGGCGGGCCCGGCCCCAGCGGCGGCCCCGGCGGCGGCAGCCCCGGCCCGGACGAGGGCGGCGGCGGCGGCUACAACAGCGAGGACGAGUACGAGGCGGCGCGUGUGGAGCUCGACCCGGCCACGGCCGAGCAGCAGGAGCACCGGUUCGAGAAGGCGCUGCGGGAGAAGAAAGGCUUCAUCAUCAAGCGCAUGAAGGAGGACGGCGCCUGCCUCUUCCGCGCCGUCGCCGACCAGGUCUACGGCGACCAGGACAUGCACGAAGUGGUGCGCAAGCACUGCAUGGACUACCUGAUGAAGAACGCCGACUACUUCUCCAACUACGUGACGGAGGACUUCACCACCUACAUCAACCGCAAGCGCAAGAGCACCUGCCACGGCAACCACAUCGAGAUGCAGGCCAUGGCCGAGAUGUACAACCGCCCCGUGGAGGUCUACCAGUACGGCACCGAGCCCAUCAACACCUUCCACGGGAUCCAGCACAACGAGGACGAGCCGAUCCGCGUGAGCUACCACCGCAACAUCCACUACAACUCCGUGGUGAACCCCAACAAGGCCACCAUCGGCGUGGGGCUGGGGCUGCCCUCCUUCAAGCCGGGGCUGGCGGAGCAGUCGCUGAUGAAGAGCGCCAUCAAGACGUCGGAGGAGUCGUGGAUCGAGCAGCAGAUGCUGGAGGACAAGAAGCGGGCCACCGACUGGGAGGCCACCAACGAGGCCAUCGAGGAGCAGGUGGCCCGCGAGUCCUACCUCCAGUGGCUGCGCGACCAGGAGAAGCAGGCCCGCCAGCCGCGCAAGGCCAGCGCCACGUGCAGCUCGGCCACGGCGGCGGCGGCCGGCGGCCUGGAGGACUGGAGCGGCCGCUCGCCCCGGCCCCGCAGCGCCGCCCCCUCCCCGGAGCACCCCGGCCUGCACCCCGAGGCGCCCAAGCCCCCCUCGCCCGCCGCCCCCCCGCCCGGCAAGCCCCCCUCGCCCUGCGCCCCAGGGACCAGCAGCCAGCUGGGGGCCGGGGGGGGCCGCGCCACCCCCCCGCUGGUGUCACUGUACCCGGCGCUGGAGUGCCGCGCCAUCAUGCAGCAGAUGUCCCCCACCGCCUUCGGCCUCAACGACUGGGAGGACGACGAGAUCCUGGCGUCGGUGCUGGCCGUGUCGCAGCAGGAGUACCUGGAGGCCAUGAAGGCCUCCCGCCACAGAGACCCCGCCGCCGACAAGAGUUGAUAUUGAACCCCCGGACUGCGCCCCCCCCCGCCGCGCCGGCCCCCCCCCGGAAAAAGGGACCUCUAGGCGCAGCCCCCCCCCCUUCAAACCCCCCCCCAGCGCCGCCACG